AUGGAUUUUGGAAGGAAGAUGUACUUCAGCACUCUGGAUGACUCCAUGAAGGAGCAAGGUGUGGUUGACACUGGCGAGCCGUUGUCCAGAGACCUGGUCUCCUUGUCAUCAAUGGGCGUUGGCUCCAGUUACCGUGCACGACUGGAGGUGGAGGUAAAGGCACCGGCCUCUGCGCCGCUCGACUCCGGACCUGUUGCACCUGUUGCACCUGUUGCACCUGUUGCACCUGGGGCUCCGGGCGGGGCUGCGGCGCGGAACCGGCGCCGCGCGCGCCGGCGAGCGGAGGUGCGUGGAGACGUGGAGGAUGCCGAGCCUGGCGGAUGUGUGGUUCUCAUCCGGGAAGACUGCCGCCUGCAUGACAACCCUGCGUUGCACACAGCGGCUGACAUGCAUGACUGGAUUGUACCUCUCUACGUGCAUGAUGACGACGAUCCCUCGCCCUGGCCGGUGCGCGGUGCGGGGUUGUGGUGGCGCCAUGAAUCUCUGGGCUUCUUUGACAAGUCGCUGCAGGGUCUGGGCAGUCGCAUCGUGUACCGCAAGGGCAAGCUGUUGGAGCAGGUCAUGGAUGUGAUGCUCACCACGGGAGCCAAAGCGCUUCAUUUCAACUUGCAGCUGGAGCCCUGGCACCACCAACGGGAUCUGGACCUGGAAGCCGCAGUGGUGAGUUUGGGCUUGGAGGUGCGGACCUUCACGGCCAUGGUCAUGAAGUUUGAGCCCUGGGAGGCGCGGCGUGAGGGCCCUCCCCGACCGCGGCGUGCGCCGCUGCCGACGCUCACGGGGCGCCUGCCCCGACCGCCAGAGUGGCCGUGGUCCAUGCCACUGGCAGCCCUGGGCUAUGGGCGGACAGGUGGCCGUCGAAUUCCCCCCGGCUUCCGGCAAUUCAACGAGAAACGCCAGGCCAUGCUCGACACGGGCGGCGAUCCCAAGGAGGACGACUGGGCAUACGAGAUGCGGAGCUUUUGGCCCAUGGGCGAGCACGCAGCCAUGCGACGCCUCGAGGAGUGGCUGAAGGAUGCGGCAUGGGGCUGCUAUUUCCCGCCAGGGCUACACCCACGGGAUGAGGUGGGCGGCCGAUUCCGGGCAGACAAGGCCUGGACAGCGAUGCUGAGCCCCUACCUACGCUUUGGAGACCUCUCCCCGCGCUACGUGGAGUGGCGCGUGUGCCAGGUGCUCUCGCAUGAGCUGCGACACCUGUUCUUGAAACGCGUCGUGUGGAGGGACAAGGCCUACUCACAGCUCUACCGCUGCCCUGACUCGCACUCUGUGAGCAUCCGCCCGCACUACGAGCAGGAGACCUGGGCCGGGACCCGGCGGCAGUUGCGGCGCUGGCAGCGGGGGGAGACGGGUUUCCCCCUGGUGGAUGCAGCCAUGCGCCAGCUUUGGAAGGUUGGCUGGAUGUGCAACCACCUCCGGCACGUGACGGCCCAGUUCCUCAUCGAGCAUUUGGACCUCAGCUGGAAGGAUGGUUUUGCCUGGUACGACUACACCUUGGUUGACACGGAUGUCGCCAUCAACGCGAUGAUGUGGCAGAUGGGCGGGCACUCGGGCAUUGGUUCCUGGAAUUUCGUUAUGCAUCCGAUUUAUGCGGGAAAGAAGGUGGACCCGGAGGGAAAUUUCGUGCGCCGCUGGCUGCCCGAGCUGCGGCAUUUGCCCCCAGAGUACAUCCACUGCCCCUGGGAGGCGCCGGCGGGCACACGGAUCUCGGCGCAGGUGCUGGUGAAUGGCAAGUACUGGCAGCGGGUCAUUGAGGACCUGGUUGCUGCGAGGCUCGCACAUCAGAGGAACGUCAUUUUGGUUCGCAAGCGCUUCCCCCAAUAUGUGGACAAGGACGGCAACGAGGUUAUCCGCCUUGCAAAUGGACAAGUUCUGCAUUUGGACGUGCGGGAUGAUAUCCGCGAGAAUGAUGAGGACAAUAUCACCCUCAUGAUGACUGCGGACGAUCCACGCAGUGCGAUCCGCCGAAAUCUAGGCACCACCAAAGGUGUCCACUCUGGCCUCAUUUAUGAGGAGGCCAAGAAGUUUGAAGCGCUGUAUGACGCCUUCGAUGCUCGGCGGCCACAACCGUCGCGCACCAGGGACCGUGCCAAGGAGCGGGCCACGCGGCGCAACCAGUUCGGUGAGCUCGUGGCUGGUGGAUAG